UUCUGACUCUGACGCUACCCCACUUAGGAGUAGUUUGCUGGUUGGAGGGGAUCCUGAUGUAAAUUCGUCCACUCUCGCCAAAUAACGAGAAAGUCCCUUGUCUGUAUAAGAUUCUAUGAUGUAUAGAAAGGCUGGAAUUGCAUCGAUUAAAAGUAAAUCUCUUGCUCAAUCAAAAUAUAAAGAAAAAAGUGAUGAGUUAGCAGGAAAUCAAAUUACAACGCUAUCACGACAGUUUGAACAAGUUCGUCAGUCGCUUGAAUUAUUCGCUAGCAAACACAGAAACAAGAUCAAAGAGGAUCCACAGUUACGUUCACAAUUUCAAGCAAUGUGUAGUAGUAUUGGUGUCGAUCCCUUAGCCUACAGUCGUGGGUGUUGGUCAGAAACAUUAGGUUUGGGCGAAUUUUACUACCACUUAGGUGUGAAAAUAAUCGAAGUAUGCAUGGCUAACCAAAAGUAUACUGGAGGCAUUAUAUCUCUACGAGAGUUGAUAUCUCUAUUAAACAAAAACAGGACACGAUAUGAAUCUGAAGUUAGUGCUGAUGACGUAAAACGGUCUGUCAAAAAGCUGCGUUGUUUAGGGACAGGAUUCAGUCUUAUUAGUCUACCUGGUGGUCAACUAUUGGUUCAGUCAGUUCCAGGUGAAAUGAAUAUGGAUCAAACUUUGGUUUUGGGGCUCGCAGAAAAAUCUGAUAGUCAUAUAACAGCAUCAGCUGUAAUAGAUAACCUCCAUUUCCAGUAAUUAAUGUCCGUACUUUUUAUUUAGACAAAAAUGACUGACUCAAUCCAGGAAACCUAUUCAAUUAGGUAGAACUUAAAAUAAAGCAGGUAAUAUUUCCGAUGGUUACUCAUAAAAAAAUAAGUAGCAGAUCUAGGCGCAUUAGCUUACACGGUUGGUUAUAACUGUAGAUAUAAUCUGGCCUGAAGAUUUACUUUACUUUAGCUCAUAAAGUUAACUUUAUUUCAGUAGCUUAAAGAGAUUUGUCCAAUUUUAAGUCUAAUUUAAUCAAGAGCUAAAAUCAACUGGAAAAUCAUUAAAAUCAGAAAGUGCUGAGUACGGGAUAAAAGCCCAUUUUAUGAUCUCGGGGUGGACACAAAGUACCUUCAAAUGAAUAAAUACAAAUUCAUUUGUGCAUAUAUUUAACUGUCGUGAUAUAGCAAGAUCAUCAUUCAUUGAUUAAUUAUUGUAAAAAUUACUCAGUAAGUCCAGGUAAGUAUAGAACGUUGAGCAAAUUAUCACUUUGAUAAAUGUGUAAUGUGAUCUCUUUCUAAUUUUUUUUAUCAUCACUCAGAUUCGAUUGGACUAAAGAUCGUACAGAUGCUGCCUUUCGUCAUUUAAUACAAGAAGGUAUUGCAUGGGUGGAUGAUUUAGAUCCUUGUGGCGAAAGAGUAUUUUGGUUUCCUAGCUUAAUGAACUCUACAACUACAUCUUGAAUGUAAACUUAAUAUCAUAUAACUUUUAUUCCCUGUAAAUUUCUUUUAUAAAUACAAGCACUCACCAGCUA